UGUAAUUAUUAUUGGGGCAGGAAUGGCGGGGUUAUCAGCAGCGCAUCGUUUAGCGCAAUGCGGUCUGCAGAAAUUUACGAUACUGGAGGCAACAGAUAGGCCCGGCGGUAGAAUUCAUUCUUGCUGGUUGGGAGAUGUCGUUGCUGAAAUGGGAGCAACCUGGAUAGAGGGUGGAAGCGUGACAAAUCCUGUUUUUACUCUAGCGGCACAGGAAGGACUUUUAAAGGCACCCCUCUCUAGACCCGAACCAAAUCAUGGACUCUUCUGUACCAGCGAUGGUCGAGCAAUCGAUCUACCGGUCAGCAUCAUUGCUUAUCAUACCUUCCGACAGAUCGAACAACAAGCAGCAGCUCUCUUCUCUUUGGGUUGCGGUCGUACCCACGGUACGUUGCUGAAUUUCAUGGGCGUCAGAAUACAGCAAGAGCUACACAAUUUCCCGGAGGAGCAACGAUAUGACGCGGCUAGGGUAAUGUAUGGUCUAACCAACUUCAUCAGAUGCCGUUGCGGUGACGAUCUUUCUCUGGUCUCAGCCGAUCAGUUUGGUAGUUACAUAGAGAUACCCGGUGGAAAUGUAAGAGUGCCUCUUGGAUAUGUCGGUGUUUUAGCACCGUUGCUUAGAGAUUUGCCAAGCUGUUGCCUCAAAUACUGUAAACCAGUGAGUUCCAUCAGGUGGGGUGUCAUCGACGAUUCCUGUCCUCGUGCUAUGGUAAAAUGUUGCGACGGAGAUGAAUAUCCAGCCGAUUAUGUCAUCGUAACUCUAUCUCUUGGAGUACUGAAGCAUCAACACGACAAACUUUUUUGUCCCGCUUUGCCACCUGAGAAAAUUGAUGCGAUAACGAAACUAGGGUAUGGAUACGUUAACAAGAUAUUUCUCGAGUAUGCUAGACCUUUUUGGGUUUGGCGAGAAGGAGGGAUCAAGUUGGCAUGGUCUGCCGAUGAAUUAGCGGAUAGAUGCGACUGGGUUAAAGGUAUAUCUUUCAUCGAAGAACUCCCAAGUUCGCAACAUGUAUUAUGUGCUUGGAUAUGUGGACGGGAAGCCGCAGAAAUGGAACUAUGUUCCGAUGAAGAAAUAGUCGAUUCUAUAACGCGUUUGCUCCGGCAGUUCACCGGUGAUCCAACCUUACCAUAUCCAGCUAAUAUUCUCAGAAGCAAGUGGUGCUCCGACCAAUAUUUUGCUGGUUCAUAUAGUUACAUGGCUAUGAAUAGCACCGUUAACAAUCAGUGUCAUCUAGCCACUCCUAUUCCAGGUACGUGCGAACCGGUUCCACCGAUUCUUUUCUUCGCUGGAGAAGCAACGAUCCCGGGACAUUAUAGUACCGUGCAUGGUGCCAGACUUAGUGGAAUACGUGAGGCGGAACGAAUAAUUCAAUUGACAAAAAGAUAUGGUGGUCCUCCUCAAAACUCUCCGUGCAAAUUGUGAAUGCAUUUGUCCUUUUUUUUUUUUAUA